AUGCAGACUGAACACUUCACACAAGUCCACAUCGGGGAUGGUGAUGGCAACGUGCAACAAAUUUCGCAACAGAACCUCGAUGUGACAUCCUUCUCUGGUGAGGAAGCUCGGUUCCAGGAAAAACUGUUGAAGCUUUGCCCCGCGAAUCUCUGGCACAAGGCUUCUUACACAGCAGGAUGUCCGCGACCUGUACUAGUGGGCCAACAUCACCAGCGGCAGCUGAAAGAUCUUCACGAAGCUUUGACAGCGGCCAUCACGGAUGUUGUGCAACGCUGGUGGAGUGACAGAGAUGCACGGUUCCCAGAGCGUAUGCCAUUAGAGGCGAAGGAGGAGGAGCUCCUGCAAUGGAUCGAAAGCCAAGUCCUUGUCGGGAACCUGCCGCAGUUCUCGCAGUGUCGGGGAUCAUGGCGUCCAGACUUCCUGGUGGAGGACAGCAGCGAGCGGGAAGAGAAUCACUGUAUUACAGAAAUCAAUGCACGUUUCUCUUUUAACGGAUUCAUGCACGAGGCCUAUGGACAAGUGGCAACCAACAAGAGCAUAGAGAGCGCGGAGGCGGAGUUCAUGUCCGCAACUGACCCUGACACCAUACUGGAAGGACUGUUCAGCUUAUUCGAUCCCGAGUAUCCACUACAUCUUCUGAAAGGUACCGAAAAAGGCAUCGAUAUCCACAUGUUCAUCAAUGCCGUCGAGCAUCGUUUCGGCGCAAAGCCACGGCUCAUCGCCCCCGCAGACCUCAGACUAGUCCCCGAUGCACGUAGCAAAAGCGGGUUCCGGUUGUGCUGUGUCAUACAUGAUCGGGAUGACCAAGUCCCCAAUACCUGGAGAUUUGUAUCGCCAAUUGGUGAGAUUUAUGAAGAGAUGCAUCAGAUUGGGCUUGAGUUACAUCAAUGGGAACUUCUCGCUCUAGAGCCGGAAAUGCUGCGUCAGAUCAGCCUGCGGUGUUUUAACGAUAUGCGAACUAUACUUCUCGUGCAUGACAAGCGGAUGUUGGGCAUUGUGAGACAGGAGAUCCCGAAGCUAGUGGAGCGCGGAGUAGUGACCUCGGUUCAAGCUGAAGCCCUACGUUUUGGCGUCGUGGAGACACUUCUUCCUGGUUCUCCGGAGCUGAAAGAUCUUCUGCAAGUGUCCCUUACUUCUCCCGACUUGAGACACAGCUACAUCCUCAAACCGAUCCGCAGUGGCAAAGGCAACGGCAUCAUUUUCGGGGAGGAUGUCACGGGACCCGAGUGGAGAUCCCUUCUGCAAGCUCUCACAUGGCCUGGUGGUAUUUCAGAAGAUUUGUGCGUGGUACAGCGGCGUAUUAUUCCGCGUAAGUACAAUCUUGUGCUGCGUGCAUCAGAAGGGAUGGUUCAGUAUGGUCUGGUGGGAACGUACCACGUUACAAACGGGAAGUUGCUUGGUCUUGGCAACUGGCGUGCGAGCGGAGGCCGAAUUGUUGCCGUAGCAUCUGGGGGAUCUUGGAUUUGUUCGAUCAUGAGAAGGGCCAAGGACGCUCAUGAAGAAUGCGGCAUUAACAACGGUGACUUACUUUAG